AUGCAUAAAAUCAAAACAGAGGAAGGCGCAAAACCGACGAGAGAAGGACAACGCCGUUUGAACCCACCAAUGAUGGACGUUGUAAAGGAAAAAAUCCAGAAAUUACUUGAUGCAGAUAUUGUUUACCCCAUCUCCGAUAACAACUGGAUUCCGGUGGCACCCGAGGACCAAGAAAAUAAGACAUUUACCUGCCCUUUCAGAACAUUAGCCUACCGUAGAAUGCCCUUUGGACUUUGCAACGCUCCUACAACAUUUCAACGCGCUGAAGUAUUUGAUGAACAAGAAGGAAGCGAAGCCAAGAUUAAUUCAUUGGAUUCUUUUGCUCCAGGAAUUCGAUCUUGA